AUGCAGCCACCAUAUAUACAGGAGCGUCUGAAGUCGCUCAAUGAUGUAGAAAGCCAGUUGUGUUCUAUGCUGCAGGAGGCGUCGCAAGUAACGUUCAUAUUUGGCGAAUUGAAACGUGGCAAUGAAUCAGUGAAACCACAAUUCGAAAACCAUGUCAAACAGUUCUACGAAUUACUGGACAAAUCAACUACACAGUUGCGUAAGGAAAUACAGCUAUUGGACGAGAACGUUGGAACCCGACUACUACCUAUUAACGUUAACAAGAAGGCCCUUGGCCAAGAUACAGAAAAAAUGGAAGAGCAACUAGAUUUACUCUCAGUGAUACUGGACCCUUCGAAAUCCAAGUGA